AAAUAAUUUGAGUAGCUAAAAUGGCUGAACCUAUGGAUCUUAUGGAUGCUCUCCGGGAAACGCUCAAGAACUCUAUCAUUGUUGAUGGUGUUACCAAAGGUCUGAGAGAAAGUGUAAAGAAGCUGGACAAGAGAGAAGCACUGUUGUGCGUGCUGGCUGAGAGCACUGAUGAGAAGAAUAUACUGAAACUUGUAGAGGCCCUCUGCAGGGAGCAUGGCAUCAACCUUAUCAAGAUUGACGACGCUAAGAAGUUGGGGGAAUGGGUAGGUCUCUGCAAGAUCGACAAGGAAGGAAACGCCCGUAAGGUGGUACGUUGCAGCUGUGCUGUUGUCUCAGACUUUGGCCGAGAGUCCAUAGCUCUGGAGGUAAUCAAUGAUCACUUCAAACGAGCAGUGACCGCGGAGGUCUAGGAUCAGAUUUAUUUCUUACGGUUUUUAACUUAUUUUUUAUUUAUUCCGAGUUGU